CCUUUGCAUCCUCGUUUGAGUGCUUGAAUCGCCUUGCAAAAGCUCGGAAAGAGUAUAAUAUAAAUGGAAAUGGGCAAUGGUAAUGUAUCAUCAGGGGCAUCUAGACUUCAGCGAAACAUGAAAGAGAGAAUCAGAAGAAAACAUAUGAAUGAUCUUCUUUCCGAGCUCGCUUUUGUGACUCUUUUACAAUCCUCUAAGGUUUCAGCGACUCAGUUGUUGGAGCACGCCACCAAUCAUAUAAAGCAAUUGCAAGAAAGAGUCGAGGAGCGAAGGCGGCAAAGAGCAUUACUACUAAAAGAGAGUAUUGCUGAUGAAAAUAAAAAGCCAAGCGGGUCAAGAUUACCUUCACUCAACAUAAAAUGUUCAGAUUUAAGUUUGGAGAUAGAUUUGAUUUGUGGGUUGGAGAAGAACUUCAUGUUGCAUGACAUUUUCAGUAUUCUUCAGGAGGAAGGAGCCGAAGUCGUAAGUUCUACUCAGUAUAAUGCUGGCGAUAGAAUGAUAUACAUUAUUAAGUCUCAGGCUAUCAGUCCGAGGAUUGGUGUAGAAACUACAAGAAUUCGUCAGAGAAUAAAGGAUCUGUGUUUCUAAUACAAGAUGAACCCUGCGACUCCUUGGUGUAAGGGAAAUUUCGAAACUGUAGUUGUUUUAUAAUCUAAAUAAUUUGUUCUAAAUGAUGCAGCCAGGCAAGUGUUGAUAAAUUGAACUGGGUUGGGUUUAACUUAAAAUACAUGUAUGUUUGUGAGUUUGCUGUUAAGCGUUCCACUUUGUAAAAUAAUAAAAGUAUUUUCAGUCCUUACAUGGCAUUGUCUUGUUCGGCUUGC